AGACGAGUAGCUCGGCGUCUAGUCGCGAGGACGAUAGCGAGCGCUCGCGGGCGACGCGCGCGACGUGCAUAACCCGGCACAACGGCGAAUGGCGACACCACGGCGAUCGGCAAAAUCGAGAGGAGUCCACACAUACACGCCCGAGGAUCACAAUGCCGACAUUCGAGGGAACCGAUCCAGACGCAUGGUUAAGUCGUUCCAUGCAAUUUUUCGAAAUCAAUGAGGUACACAAGUCCGAGAGAGUCAAGAUUGCUGCCUAUUAUUUGGAUGGUGAAGCCAACACAUGGUGGCAAUGGGUGUCACAUGUCUACAAAAACAAAGGCGAGCAAAUCAGAUGGAGAGAUAUUGAGAAGGAGCUGAUUACCAGGUUUGGAUCUAGUGAUUAUUUCGAUUAUGAUGAGGCUUUUUCAAGGAUCCGUCAAACUGGUAGUCUACGCGACUAUCAAAAGGAGUUUGAGAGGAUUACUAGCAGGGUACGUGAUUGGCCCGAGAGUGCACUUGUUGGAGCUUUUUGGAUCCAGGGCCUUGAGAUGAUUUUUGAGGUCAUGGACUGUCCUGAGCAUUACCGCGUACUUUGUGCCCAGAUCCAGAUGACUGGAGACGCACACCUUUGGUGGAAUGCCUACUGGGGAAUGCGUCCUGGCGAGAAGGAGCAUUGUACGUGGGAUCGGCUCAAGGAGCUAAUGCGUGAGAAGUAUUAUCCAGCCUAUCAUCGCGCAGAGCUUGUGCAUCAGUUCUUGGCGCUCAGACAGGGUACCCGUUCUGUGGACGAGUACGAGCGUGAGUUUUUCGACUCGGAUUCUUCGUUCUCGAGCUUUUGGGUUCGAAGUAGAAAAG